AACCUCACACUGCGUUUCUUUCCAGAAAGCCAAACCGGGAAAUGUGGUUACAGCAAUUCGAGCGAAGCUCUCACAUUCACAACGGAGAGUAUUCCCUUGAAAGGGCUGGGACAUUGCUUCAACCUCGCAGACAUCUUCGGAGGCAACUCAUCCCAAGGCUUCGUCAACCAAACAGCAAACCUCGGUUGGGCAAGUGGAUACACCGGUGAACCGGGCCAAGCAGGAAUCCACUGGCAAGUCCUCAACAAAAACAAUUUCAACGCCCAAACAAAUUAUUCCAGUAUCUUGUAUCACCAGCAUAAUCCAGUUGGGUCUGAUCAGCAGAAUGGGCCAGGCACGUAUGCUCCGCGGACGGUGUUCUUGUAUCCAGGCGAGGGAUGUACGGAACUCCCUGAACAAAGCAAAGAGUUGCUUCCUUGGUAUGGACUAAAUUGUUGGACUGAGACUGAGGGUGUUUGUGAUUCUCUGCCGUAUAAGAUUGCGAGUUUCAGUAUGCAGGCUGAGGAUGAGCAACAUGGCAAGUGCUGGGUUUUUGCAGAGAUGGGUGGCGCGGCUGGAUUGAACAUCGGGUUCUAUGCCAUGGUGUAUUUGGUCGUUGGUACGGUUGUGGCAAUGUGGAUCGUCGUGUAG